AAUUUAUCAGCUUGUAAUUUUACGUUUUACAGAUUUCAAUGAUGAUUGAUUUAUUUUGAGCCGUGUAUUUAGUGAAAUUUGCAACAAUAAUGGACGAUUCCUCAUCAGGCGAUAUCUGUCGUGUGUGUCGGUGUGAAGGGACCCCUGACAGACCCCUGUUCCAUCCUUGUAUUUGUACAGGAAGCAUCAAGUUCAUACAUCAGGAGUGCCUCGUUCAAUGGUUGAGAUAUUCGAAAAAAGAGUUUUGCGAGCUUUGUAAUUAUAGAUUCUCAUUUACACCAAUAUAUUCCCCUGAUAUGCCUAAACGUAUUCCUAUCCGCCUGGUAUUCUCUGGUGUCCUGGGAACUGUUAUGAAGGCUGUCAAGUUCUGGUUGCAUUACACCCUCGUAGCAGCAGCCUGGCUCGGAGUGGUUCCAUUGACAGCUUGUAGAAUAUAUAGAACCCUGUUUACUGGAUCAGUUUCUUCUAUAUUUUCUCUUCCAGUUAGCGUGUUCACUACAGAUAAUAUUGUAGCUGAUAUCCUAUUGGGUUCUGCUGUGGUUACCCUUACCCUUCUCACCUUUAUUGGUUUGGUUUGGUUAAGAGAACAGAUAUUGCACGGGGGUGGACCUGCUUGGUUAGAGGCAGAAGCAGCUGUUCCGCUAGAACCGGUUCCUAACCUACCUCAUGUACCAGCUGUUGGUGAGGAGGCGCUGGAGGGCGAGGAAGAUGGGGGGUGGAACCCACCCCUAGGAGGAGACAACCUACCCGUUGAGCCCCCUGCCCCUGAGAUCCAGGAUCCUGCUGGAGAGGGUGAGGAGCAGCAGUGGAAUCCAAUGGAGUGGGAUAGGGCAGCUGAGGAGCUCACAUGGGAGCGUUUGCUGGGUCUAGAUGGAUCCCUUGUAUUCCUGGAGCAUGUAUUCUGGGUUGUAUCCCUGUAUAUUCAGGGAUUAUUGAUCACUAUGGUUGGAUACUGCAUGAUCGGCCUGUGUUUGAUAGUAUUCCACACAGUCACAUGUUUCCUGGGAUUCAGAAAGGUGUCACGUGCACUUGGGCUCUGCUACGUCGUUGUCAAGGUUGCUCUACUACUAGUAGCUGAGAUUCUAGUAUUUCCUGUACUCUGUGGUUGGUGGCUAGAUAUCUGCAGUCUUUCUCUUUUUGAUGCUACACUCAAGGAUAGGUUUACCUCGUUCACGUCCACCCCGUGGGCCAGCGUGUUUAUUCACUGGUUGGUCGGGAUGGUCUACGUCUUCUACUUCGCCUCCUUCGUUAUUUUGCUGAGGGAGGUCCUUCGGCCAGGGGUUCUCUGGUUCCUCAGGAACCUAAAUGAUCCAGACUUUAACCCCAUCCAGGAGAUGAUUCAUUUGCCCCUGAUCAGACAUAUCCGUCGGUUCUGUGCCAGCCUAGUCAUGUUUGGUUCCAGUAUCUUCGUUAUGCUCUACUGUCCAUCUAGAAUAAUCAAGAGUCUGCUCCCCUCCUUCCUCCCAUACACCACACAAACCAACGAGGGAAGUGUAGAUGAGAUAUCAAUGGAACUAUUGCUACUACUAGUCUUCCUACCUGCCAUACAGGAUCAAAACCAUACUCGUGAAUGGUUGAAAUGGUUUGUUCAGCAGUGGUGUACUUUGGUUUCCUGGAUACUAGAUAUAAGAUCAUACAUGUUCGGUGACGUACCAUUACAGGGUGAGGGUGGUGCUGAAGUUGAUGGUGUAGAACAUCCGGCAGAAGAAGAUGAAGCAGAUGAGUUUCAUCAAGCUCCUAGAGAACAGGAGGAUGCAGAGGAGGAACAGCGAGGUCUAGGAGCAGCACAUCAGGUACAACCAGGUCUAGGAGCAGCACAUCAGGUAAAACCAGGAUUAGCACAUCAGGUACAACCAGACCUAGGAGCAGCACAUCAGGUACAACUAGGUCUAGGAGCAGCACAUCAGGUACAACCAGGUCUAGGAGCAGCACAUCUGGUACAACUAGGUCUAGGAGCAGCACAUCAGGUACAGCCAGGUCUAGGAGCAGCAUAUCAGGUACAACCAGGUCUAGGAGCAGCACAUCAGGGAAAACCAGGUCUAGGAGCAACACAUCAGGUACAACCAGGUCUAGGAGCAGCACAUCAGGCUUUGUUGAUUCGAGAUGGUCCAAUUGGUUUCCAGCCCUACAUCAGACCCAGAUAUUUUGGUGCUCGUAUCUCCGCUCUGCUAAGUUUAAUGGUUUUGUCCUGGUUGGUGAUAUCAUUAUUUACCAUAGUAGUUCCAGUCUGGAUAGGACGACAGGUUGGUGUAGAUAAGACAGCGAAAGAUAAAAAAAGAAACAAACUGUCAGUACACAUGAAAGAAUUUCUAUUGAUCAGUAGAGCAGUAGCUUUGUUUACAGGAUGGUUAAGACAGGGUUGGACAGCGUUCGGCCAAAAGAUGAAGGAAUGGGCGAUAAUCGGCGGAAAGGCGGUGUUAGCCUUCAUCCUACUCUUGGACCUGAUCCCCUUCAUGUUCGGAGUCCUGCUGGACCUGGUGGUUCUCACCCCGGUCAGAGUUCCUCUUCAUCAGUCCCCGAUAUACUUCCUCUGGCAGGACUGGUUUCUUGGCUUGAUGUACACCAAGAUCACAGUUGCUCUCACAUUUAUGGGUCCGGACUGGUGGCUCAAACUAAGCAUUGAACAACUUUACCAAGAUGGAAUCCGAAAUAUGAAUUUGACCAACGUUAUCAUGAAUCUUGUUGUACCAUGUGUAACAAGACUUGGCCUGGCUCUGGCUGUUCCGUACGUAAUCUCACACGGCAUUCUUCCUCUAGUCCUUACAGAUACUCACAUACUUAUCAAUGUACAAAGAAGAAUUUAUCCUUUCUUGCUUUUGACGUUGUUGUUUGUGUUCCUCUUGGUUUUACAGUUCAAACAGAUCACCAAGCUUAUAGAGCACAUCAAAAAUGACAGGUAUCUUGUUGGAAGACGACUUGUCAAUUAUAAUCACAAAAUAUCUACCGAGGCUACUUCAUGAUAACGCAACAACAACAAUAACCAUCAUGAGUUGAAUAUCUAGAACUAUUGAGAAGAAAGAAGUCAGACUGUAUAAUUUACAUGAAGGGGACGGUCAGAAACUUUAGAAAAUCUAGGAAACUAAAAACUUUGUACAUUCAAAGUAGUUUCUAUAGCUAUUUUAUAAUAUUGAACAAUGAUAUAUUAAUGCAUAUACCCAGGGGUUAAAGGAUAUAAUUUUAAAAAAAAUGAAUAUUUAUGUGAGUUUUAUGAUUUGUACAAUGUACAACCGUAAGACGUGUCGAUUAUUAUGCAGGGCUUAGACGCAUUGUGAUUAUUGUCUGGAUGAAUCCAAAUUAUGGUUACCAGUUUAUAUUCUACAAUUUCCCAGUCUUUUUUCACACUUUUUUCAAUGCAAUUAAAUCAUUUUUCUGCUUUUUA